AUGGUGCUUUCAUUCUCUUUCAUCAUGCCUCCCCAUCAAGAUCCGUCAAUCGAUGUCACACCACGAAGUAUCCACGAGCAACUCUCCACACUCAUCGCUAUUUCCACCGCUAAUGUCCACCGUCUUGAUGCAAUUAUCACACAAAUGGCCACCGUCAACACCCUCAUCGACAUUCAAACCGGAACCAUGGUGAAACUCAUCCCGCCUCCACCUCCACAACUUGCUAACAAUCAACACCUCCGUUAUCUUGCAACCGUACUUGACACCAUGUUUGUCAACAUCGCCAAGCAAAACCAGAUUCCCACAAAUUUCGUUAACACUCUCCUACCGACAUUGCAAACAACACCACCAUUUCCACCAUUAGCACCGUCAGCACCACAAUCGUCGCUACCACCACUGGCACCACCAAACUUUUCGCAUUCACCCCAUCAAUACAAAAAUCACUUCCACUAUCACCACAACCGCCGCCAUAAAAAAAACCUUCGGGCAAGUCCGACUUGUCAUGUUCACUCAACAGUCCAAUCAACAUUUUUUUCUCUCGUUGCUCUCCAAACGAACUUACUUGACCUCGAGGACGAGGUCAAUUUUAAAGAGGAAGGAAUUGAUAUGUGUUUGUGUCCAUAUCACCGGCCACCUCCAUGGCCUAAAUGGUUUGUUUAUUUGGUUGGCACAUGGCCAACACGUUGCAUUAGAAAGAGUCCAACAUCACCUCCUAUAAUUAUGGAAGCUUCCAAAUGUUACAUGCAUAUUCCAUUUAGUUAG